UGGUCAGUCGUGAGUGGAUAGUUUACGAAACCGGUCGCGAUCGUCCGCAGCUCGAUCGUUUUUGGUUUAUCAACGCACUUGCAAACGAAGCGAUAAGUAAGAAGAGUCUGCUAUCGCGUUCGGAUUUUGUGUGAUAAGUGUUGCAAAUCCCCUAUCAGCAAGCUGAAAGGAGCUGGGUCAGACGGGAAGGAUUCUCAGAACUGUUUUCGUUGUUCGGGGCCUAUCAUCGGUCGUACUGAGCGCGAGACGUAAGAUGUGAGCAGCAUUAGCAGUAUCAGUAUCAGUGCUAGUGAGUCGAAUUAAAACCAGGCGCAUUCGAGUAAUCGAGGUUCGUACGAGGAGGUCACGAGAAAGGUGUUCCUUGUCGUAGGGCGUAAUCUUGCACGAUGUCGUCCUUGAUGGUUCGUUGUUCCUGGCGGAGGCAGAGGCGCCUGGAAGGGAUUAGAAUGCUUGUGCUGAUGCUGGUGGUGAUAGCGGUAGCGAUCAAGGUGGAGGGCGUUCAACGAACUUACACAGUUGACGAGCUACUUCAGAGUACCUUCCCAACAGGGAUAUCCAACGAUAUAGACAUGGAUCCGUGCAAGUCGAGCGGAUUCAUGGGUGAUAUUGCACUGCCCAAUGUGAACUAUGAGAGUGAGUUUCAUAAACAAAGACUGAAGCAGCGGCAGGAGGAGGUGGAGGAGGAGAGGUUGAAGAAAGAGAUCGAAGAAGGGCUGCAGGUAGAGGCAGAAGGGCUUACCACGGUAGUAGCACCUGUUCGGUUGAGAGGGCAUCCUAGCGAUAAGAGAAGUGGUAGUGAGCUCGUGCGACAAUUGCAGAAGAUGAAUGAAAACAAAAAUGUAAAAUCCAGGAAGCGACACAACAAACGUCGAAUAAAGGAUGAUAAUCGUGGCAAAACAAGGGAGGUGAUUGCCACAAAUGUUAGAUCAGUUUCUAGGAAAAUAGGGCAACAGAGCAAUGAUCGUAGAUCGAGUGGAAUAGGUAGGAAAAGGAGUUUAAAGCACAGGAAAGCAAAUACACCCCGCAAGGUGCGACGAUCGAGAGGUAAACAAGGCGAUCGGGUGCUGCACCGAUCUACGCGGGCAGCUACGGCAAAAAAGGAGCGAAUUUGGGACUUUGGAGUGAUCCCCUACGAGAUCGAUGGCAAUUUCAGCGGUUUGCACAAAGCUCUAUUCAAACAAGCCAUGCGACAUUGGGAGAACUACACGUGCAUCAAAUUUGUUGAACGUGAUCCGGAGGUUCACCCAAACUUUAUCGUAUUUACCGAACGUCCCUGUGGAUGUUGCUCGUUCGUGGGCAAGCGAGGCAAUGGACCUCAAGCGAUAUCGAUCGGUAAGAACUGUGACAAGUUUGGAAUCGUGGUUCAUGAGCUGGGCCACGUGGUGGGAUUUUGGCAUGAACAUACACGCCCGGAUCGCGAGGAUCACGUUGUGAUCGAGAAGCAUAACAUCAUGAUCGGACAGGAGUACAACUUCAACAAACUCACUGACGAUGAGGUCAAUUCUCUGGGUCAACCGUAUGACUACUACUCAAUCAUGCACUACGCAAGAAACACCUUCUCCAAGGGAACGUACUUAGACACGAUCCUACCCGUAGACCUUCCAGGACAAAAGCGACCGGAGAUUGGUCAACGGUUGCGCUUGAGUGAAGGGGACAUCAUUCAGGCCAACCUGCUGUAUAAAUGUGCCAAAUGUGGUCGAACAUUCCAAGAUCACUCCGGGUCGUUCACUUCACCCAGCUACCACUCGAAGAUACCUCCUGCCGAUCCGGAACGGUGCGAGUGGCGUAUAACGGCAACCCACGGGGAGCAGAUCGUGCUGAACAUCACCGAUCUGGAUAUCUUCAAAUCGGAAAACUGCCGAACGGACUACCUGGAGAUCCGAGACGGGUACUGGCACAAGUCUCCUUUGCUGGGGAGAUUCUGCGGAUCGGGCCGUAACAGCAAUCUGAUCGUGUCCACCGGAAGUCGCAUGCUGUUGAAUUACGUAACCAGCUUCCGGCAGGCCAGUAUGCGAGGCUUUGCCGCAAACUACGAAGCGAUUUGUGGUGGUGACAUCAACCUGGAGAACGGAGGUCGACUGGAAUCACCCAACUACCCGGCGGAUUACCUCCCGAACAAGGAAUGUGUAUGGAAAAUUACAGUGCCGAAGGACUACCAAGUAGCGAUCAAGUUUCAGUCGUUUGAGGUGGAGAACCAUGAUAGUUGCGCGUAUGACUACGUCGAGAUUCGUGACGGUGAUUCACCGGAGUCCAGGGAGAUUGGCAUAUUCUGUGGGUAUAAACUUCCUCCGGAUAUGCGAUCGUCGGGGAACACCAUGUACGUCAAGUUUGUUUCGGACGGGUCGGUGCAGAAAGCUGGGUUCUUGGCGACUCUGGUCCGGGAAGUAGACGAAUGCGAAAGGAUGGAUCACAACUGCGAGCACGACUGUAUCAAUACGCUCGGUGGAUACGAGUGCAGUUGUCAAAUUGGCUACGAACUGCACAGCGAUCGUAAGUCCUGCGAGAAGGCUUGUGGUGGGAUUCUCACACAACGGACCGGAAGUCUUGUGUCACCGUCCUUCCCGAGGGAGUAUCCGGCGAUGAAGGACUGUGCGUGGGAGAUUGUCGCUUCGCGACAGCACAGGAUCACCUUGAAUUUCACACACUUUGACUUGGAAGGGAACGUCCACUAUCAACCUUCGGAGUGUGAUUACGAUGCUGUUUCGAUCUACUCGCGCAUCGGUGAGGAAGCAUUGAAGAAACACGGAACGUUCUGCGGUACGAAGCUUCCUCCGGUGAUCACGUCGGAGAGUCACAUUCUUCGGCUGGAGUUCCGUUCGGAUAAAACUAUGCAGAAGACCGGCUUUGCAGCGGUCUUCUUCACCGACGUAGACGAAUGUUCCGUGAAUAAUGGCGGUUGUCAUCACGAGUGUAAGAAUACGGUGGGAUCGUAUGAGUGCUUCUGUCGAAAUGGCUAUAUUUUGCACGACAAUGGCCACGAUUGCAAAGAAGGAGGAUGCAAAUUUGAAAUCGCCACCGCGAACGGGCAGAUCCUCAGUCCGAACUAUCCGGAUAACUACCCAGCGAAGAAGGACUGCAUCUGGCAUUUUACAACUGCUCCAGGUCACCGGAUCAAGCUGGUAUUCAACAUUUUCGACGUUGAGUUGCACCAGGAAUGCGCGUACGACAACGUCGCUAUCUACGAUGGAGACUCGCAGGAGAGUCACACCUUGGGACGAUUCUGCGGAGCGAAGCUCCCGCACCCGAUUUCCUCUACAUCCAACGAGAUGUACAUGGUGUUCAACACGGAUGCAAGCGUACAACGGAAAGGCUUUCUCGCUACUCACUCAACCUCCUGCGGAGGCUAUCUGCAGGCCACCUACGAUAUCAACCACUUCUACUCACACGUUGGGUACGGCGACGUAGUUUAUGACAAUGGCAUCGACUGCGAGUGGACCAUCGAAGCCGAUUCCGGUCGUAAGGUCCAGUUGACCUUCCUGACUUUCGAUUUGGAAGAGGAGAAAACGUGUUCGUAUGAUUACGUGGAACUGGCCAGUGGAUUCGAUGAUACCACAAACGGACAGCUGCACGGUAAGUACUGCGGUAAUCGCCUACCGCCGGAAAUAAUUUCCAUGAGCGAAGUCAUCGUGGUGCGGUUCCGUUCGGACGAUACGGUCGGGUUCAAAGGCUUUUCGGCAGCGUACGCCGCCAUCAGCCCGUACGACGAUGAGGAACUGUCAACGGCCGAGGAGACGUACGAAAGUGCGGAACAGGCGGCACCGUUUGCCGGAUCGUUACGAAGCAUGUUCAUCAGUCAAGAUGAAUACGACGCAGAUGAUGACGAUAAUGCCGGGGAAGAUGAUGCGGAUUACGCUCCCUACCACCACAGAAAUAAAGUGCAAUUAGGGGUACUCAACGGGCUGGAAACGACUCAACCGGCAGCAGAUUGAUCAAUUUGUGCGUGGAAUACUCAUUUAGUUUAUUGAUUUGAAACGACUAUAAUGGGGGCAGCGGCACUGGAUGCGAAUGGAUGGGUGGAAGGUCGACAAGAAAAUCAAGUUCAAACUCCAGUUCCUAGGUUGUUCAAUUUGUGUGCAUUGGAAGCUUGCUUCUUUGUAACAUAAGAAAUGCAAUAUGUUUACUUUUAGGUUAUGAAAUUGAAUAGACUGAAAUUAGUUGUAAAUACAUACGGUAGGUAGAAUGAAAUUCAUUUCGCAUUCCAGUUGAGAAAACGGCCUUAUCGGAUUUGUGUGAACAAUGGUGAUUCACAGGAAUCAAAUGGGGUUUUCGGUUUUGAAUUCCCAGCAUAACCGAAUAAUGAUUGCGCUGCUCGGAAGG